UCGGCCAGAAGCACAGAACAGAACAGAGCCGGAGAGCCAGGCCAAAAGGCAAAGGCAAAGGCAGCCAGCCGGGCCAACUAGUUUUUCUUCAGUUCCUUCUUUGGCUUUUAUUGUGCACGGGUUUGUUGUUUAGUGUGCCAUUGGCGCUAACAACGUGCGGUUCACUCUUGCGGUUUUGUCGCCGACCGGUAAAGCCAGAAAGCGGAAUAAAAUCAAGAGCGAUUCCGGGGCCUAAAACAAAGGUGGAAAGUGCAUUUAGGCAAGAUCUGCAGAUUACACAAGUUGCCCCGCAUUCCAGAGUUCCUUGAACUCCACCAAUAUCCUCUGUGGGUUGUGUAACCCAUUUAGUUGGUUGCACUUUUAAGGCGAUUACUAUAAAUAUUAAUAGGAUUUAUUGAUUGGCUGUCGGUGGGAUCGACGCGAGGCUUUCGUCUGCGGACCCAUGUCCUUUCUCUCGCCCACGUUGCGCCUGGAGAAUCUGUCCACGCAACCCACGAUGACUCAGGAUCAUGUGCCCGAGGACCAGCGCUACAACAAACAGAACAUCGUGGCCCAAUGGUGUGUGCCCAUCAAUGGCAAGAUGUACCGCAUCGAGCUGGAACACGGAACCACCAGUGGGCGGCGCAUGAUUUGGGUCAAUGGUCGGGAGGUCCUGCGUCGCGACUGGAUGUUUAAGUUGGUUGGCGAGGACACCUUUCACAUCGAUCAGACGCGCUGCAUCAUUCGCGUUGAUCCUGCGCCGGGUUUCAAGUACGAGUACUCACUCUAUAUCGAUGGAAAGUCGCACGAGCAAUACACUGAGGAUAUGACGCGGCAGUAUCGACUGUGGCUCUACACAUGCGAUACGGCAGCGGAGGCAGCGCAGGAGUACAGGAUAAUGCUCAAGCUGGACACGCUGAGUCUGUACGUAAACGAUGAGCUGCGCACCGAGGAGUCGGUUUUCGUUCACGGCGGCACAGACACCAAGUUCCUGCUGCAGGACACGGAAUUCGUGCUUCAGGCACGCUCAAGUGGCAAUAAACAUGAUGGCAUCGUUCACACUUUGCUGGCCAAUGGGGUGCCAGUUCCGGAGGCAAAGAUUCAGGAGAUUAUGCAAGAGCCGGUCUCCAUUUUGCAGGGGAACUGAGUGGGGGACACCGGCACCCCCUCCACACGAUAGGAUAACGUUUUGCAUUUGUUGAAUUUUUCCCCCAAUUGUUAAUAAAAGUUUUACGGAAACUGUUUUCAAAACCAAUUAAAAAUAAACUUUUUUCUUAUACAGUA